AUGCCAUUACGUAAAAGUAAUACCUAUUUAUCUUUAGCUAAUAGUUAUUUAAUUGAUAGUCCUCAACCUAGUUCUAUUAAUUAUUGAUGAAAUUUAGGUAGUUUAUUAGGUUUAUGUUUAGUAAUUCAAAUUGUUAGUGGAGUCCUGCUUGCGAUGCAUUACAGUUCAAAUAUAUCAUUAGCCUUUGAUAGUAUUGAACAUAUAUGUCGUGAUGUUAAUGCUGGUUGGCUUGUCAGGUACGUCCAUGGUGCGCCCUGAGAGCACCUUAUUUGUCGGGAUAAUACUCCUUACACAUUGUUACCUUUAGUAUUCAAUAUACUUUAUGUGUACCCAGUUCUAUCGCAAUUCGGAUUGGCUAAUAAUCAGCCGGGUUGUAUAGCAGAUAGUAAGAAAUUCCUUUGAGAUGUGCUGCCGCAUCGAGACAAAGGAAAAUUGGGAAUUGCAUAUGAUGAGGAUGACAAACUUGAUACUCGUGACCCAGUUAUAGUAUGCACUACUAGUCUUAAGCAGAAUACAUCGGCUAGUAUCUACCAGAAACAUAUAGAUAUGCGUGCAGAUUUAUAUGAGGUAACUGGAGGUAGAUGGGGAUUCUAUAGAAUUAACAAAGCGAGCAAGCAUCUAAGUGCAAUAUUAAAAACAAAUAAGCGUGUACCAGGGGAUCUAAUCGCCUCUAUUGCUUUUAGCAAUAUGCGAGGACGGAGUCUUCGUAGUAUGUGUACUUCAGCUCGUUUGAAUGCACAGAAGGGAGAUAGGGCAAAAGUGACACUGAACAAUAAUCAAGUCUUUGAUUUCAAUACUUGAUUGCAAAAUCAGUUGUCUAUAUGUCAAGAUAACGAUGGUAAGUAUAAUGGUUUAAUUAAUAUUAUAUCUAAUCCUGAUUUCUUAUUACAUUCGUAUAAAGAAAUCAAGAGUAAGUCAGGGAAUAUGACUAAAGGUACUGAUAAUGAAACAUUUGAUGGAAUUAAGAUGUCUUGAUUUAGUAAAACUGGAUCAUCACUUAAAUCAGGAAAAUGAGAUUUUAAACCAAUGAGGAUGGUUGAGAUACCUAAAUCGAAUGGUAAGAUGCGUCCUCUUAAAAUAGCAUCUCCUAGGGAUAAAAUAGUGCAGAAAGCAUUACAGAUUAUUUUAGAAAGAAUUUAUGAACCUAGAUUUAGUUCAUCUUCUCAUGGAUUCAGACCUAAUAGAUCUACGCAUUCUGCAUUAAAUACUCUCUAUCUUCAAGGAGGUAAUUUCAACAUUGCUAUCAAUGGUGAUAUUACUAAAUGUUUUGAUAGUAUUCCUCAUAAUAUUAUUAUGAACAUCCUUAAAGAAACGAUUAAGUGUCAUCGUACCUUAGAAUUAAUACACAAAUCCCUUAAAGUGAUAAGUGUAUUUAAUGGGCGUAAGCUUAAGUAUACAGGUUUAGGUACUCCCCAAGGUAGUAUACUAAGUCCGUUACUUGCUAAUAUUGUUCUUGAUAAAUUUGAUAAAUUUAUGGAACAAUAUAUAUCUGAUUUUACUAGAGGUGAUAGACGUAAGCAAUCUCUUGCGUAUAAAUCUGUAGUACAAAGAAGAUAUAAGUCCAAUGAUCCUGUUGUUAGAUUAAAACUUCUUAAACAAUUAAGAAAUAUGAAUUCUACUAAUUUCUACGAUCCUGAUUUUAGAAGAAUGAUUUAUACUAGAUAUGCGGAUGAUUUUGUCAUACUUAUUAUCGGUACAUAUAAGGAAGCUUAUAUAAUUAGAGAUAGAGUUAAAGAAUUUAUUGCUCUAUAUGGUUUAGAACUUAAUCUUGAUAAGACAACUAUAGUUAAUACCAGAGAGGGUUUCAAAUUCUUAGGUGCUAGUUGCUUUAGAGCUUCUCAUCCUGUUUAUACGAAAUACUCAACUGGUAUUACCCGAAGAAACCAUAGAAGACUUAUUGUAAAUGCUGAUCUUAAAGAAAUUAUAUCUCGUUUUAAGAAGAACAAAUUUGUUCGUCAGAAUAAACUUGGAGCUAUUUUAGCUACUUCGAGAAGAGAUUUAGUUAAUUUAAGCCAUUUCACUAUUAUUUCUUUCUAUAAUAAUAAGAUUCAAGGAUUACUUAGUUAUUAUUCUUUUGCUGGAAAUUAUUCUAGUAUUAGAAGAGUUAUCUGACUUCUUGUAAUGUCUUGUGCUUUAACAUUAACUUUGAAAUAUAAGCUACGUUAUGCUGCAACUACUUUCAGGAAGUUUGGUAAGCUCUUAACUGACCCUUCUACUGAUAUAGAAUUGAAGAUACCUCGAGAGAUGAAGGUUAAACAUAAGUAUAACAAUAAUAUCUCGACAACUCUUAAUCCUGAAAACAUUAUGAGUGGUACUCUUCAUAAACAAUUAACAGUUACUAGUGACUUCGAUAAGGGUUGUGUUUUAUGUGGUUCUUCUACUGAACUUGAAAUGCAUCAUAUUAGACAAGUUAAAGACGUUAGGGUUAAAAUGCGUACUGGUAAAUCGACUUAUGCACAAUGAGUUGGUGCCCAUCUACGUAAACAAGUUCCUCUUUGUGCGUUUCAUCAUAAAGAAUAUCAUGCAGGUAAUCUAUCUGUAUUUGAACUUAAAACUAUCGCUUCUUUUAAUAAAUAAUUAUUAUUUAUAAUAUAUUAUUAUUAGUUAGUUAACUGUUACAUUAUUAUAUUACCCCUCCUUGCUCGAGAUCGAGAGGAGGAAAGUUCUCUUACAUUAUAUCUUUAGAUAACUUUUGCCGUGCGAGCCGUAUGAUGCGAAAGUAUCACGUACGGUUCUGAGGGCAGAUAAGAAGAGUGAAUUUAUCAUCUUGUAUGACGCUGACCCCUACCCAACGGUGCCAGUUUCUUCUUUAUUUGUAUGUAUUUACAUAUUGGUAAAGCUUUAUAUUACGGUUCUUAUCGUAAACCUCGUGUUAUGUUAUGAAUUAUAGGUGUUAUUAUAUUUAUAUUAACUAUGGGUAUUGCUUUCUUAGGAUAUUGUUGUGUAUAUGGUCAAAUGUCUCAUUGAGGUGCUACUGUUAUUACUAACCUUUUAUCUGCUAUACCUUUCAUAGGUAAUGAUAUAGUACCAUUUAUAUGAGGUGGUUUUAGUGUAAGUAAUCCUACUAUUCAACGUUUCUUUGCUUUACAUUUCUUAUUACCUUUUGUAUUAGCUGCUUUAGUAUGUAUGCAUUUAAUGGCAUUACAUGUUAAUGGAUCAUCAAAUCCAUUAGGAAUAACAGGUAAUAUAGAUCGUAUACCCUUUCACCCAUAUUUUGUAUACAAGGAUCUAAUAACUGUAUUUUUAUUUUUUAUAGGAUUUAGUUUAAUAGUAUUUUAUUCUCCUAAUAGUUUAGGGCAUCCAGAUAAUUAUAUACCAGGGAAUCCGAUGGUAACACCUCCAUCAAUAGUACCAGAAUGAUAUUUAUUACCUUUCUAUGCAAUAUUACGUAGUAUACCAGAUAAAUUAGGUGGAGUAUUAGCUAUGUUUGGUGCAAUAUUAGCAUUAUUAACAUUACCAUAUACAGAUAGAUCAAUAAUAAGAGGUAAUAGUUUUAAAAUAAUAUCUAAAGUAAUGUUUUGAUUAUUUGUAUUUAAUUUUAUAUUAUUAGGGAAUUUAGGACAAUUACAUGUAGAAGUACCAUAUAUACAAUUAGGACAAUAUGCAACAAUAUUAUAUUUCUUAUAUUAUAUAGCAAUAGUACCAAUAAUAUCAAUAUUAGAAAAUAUAUUAUAUUAUAUAGGAACAAAUAGAAAAUAUUCAAUAUGAGAUAAAAAGAUAUAA